ACAAGGAGGGGAGGCGGCACCACGAGGAAGGGAGAGGCAGACUUCAGACUCGUGACGAAGUCAUGCAAGCGCGAGCGAGCUGCGUCUGAUGCGCCGCUAAUCUGCAUCGGCGAGCCAAAUCCGACGACUUUUCCCUGCGCAGGAUGGGAAGACGGGGGACGAAGCAUAGAGCGCAUAUGUUUUAGAAGCCGCCCUUGUUUGGACCAGGAAGAAGCAAUCAGGAGGAGGAAGAGGAACCUGCUUUUAUUGUUUGGAGUUCUUCCCUGAAAACCUCGUGCGGCAAUGUCCUGGCUGUCUCCGGUCCAGUGGGCCAAAUGGACGUGGUCAGCGGUGACGGGGGGCUCGGGAGAUGACGCGCACAGUAACGACAAUUCCGACUCCGAGGGGACCUUCGAGACCCCAGAGGCGGAGUCUCCGGGUGUCGUGAAACUGCUCUCGGACGCAGACCAAUUUGUCCACAAGAAUUCCAAGCGGGCUGAAGUUGACGCCCUCAACAACCCGACUGGCUCAUCCGACAACAGCAGCAGCUUCGCUCUUAACCGGAACCUCGAUCUGACCCGAACACCCGAGGCCUCGUCCCGGUCAAACGCCGCAGCUCAACCGCAACGACCUCCGUCUCUGCCAGUCCACUCCCCGCUAAGCACACCGGAUCCUUCAGAGGUGGACGAUGAGGCGCCCGCGAUCUGCAACCCGAGCCCAGACUCGAAGCUCUUAUCCAGCCGUGACCUCGCCGCGCAUCGCGACUUGCUAAACGGCAACGUGAACUCUGAUUGUGCAAAAGCGGCCUGCUACCCGCAGGGGAGUGUGGUCAGCAACGGCAUUAUCACUAACUCGUGCAAAGUAAAGCCGGAGCGGCCGACGCAGAAGGACCUCAGCGGGCAGGACGAUGGCCACGCUACUGAUGAGGAGAAGUUGGCCAGCAGCUCGUGUGUCAAAGCAGACCAGGACCAAAGCAUCCAAGUCUGCCAUGUGACUUCCACGCCAGAAGGGCCAGACAUCGGCGCACUGCACAACGACGACCCGAGUAAGUGGAAGAACAAAUCGGAAGGAAGUGCCACGCAGAAAACGGGAAGCAAGGUCCUGGACUCCAUCUGCAUCAACGAGGAGGAGAAAAAGGCCGUUCUGACGCUAAUCAGAGAGGAGAUCAUCACUAAAGAGGCGGAAGUGAACGACUGGAAGAGGAAGUGUGACGACGGCAGACAGGAACUUCACGAGAUGAGGAAGAUUGUCUCAGAAUAUGAGAAGACAAUUGCUCAGAUGAUCGAGGACGAGCAGAGAAACAGCCUGAGCUCCCAGAAGGCUUUGCGUGCCGUCACCAUGGAGAAGGAGGCCGCCCUGACAGACCUCAACUCGGUGGAACGCUCCUUGUCUGACAUUUUCCGGCGCUAUGAAAACAUGAAGAAAACCCUGGAAGGCUUCCAGAAAAAUGAAGAGGUCCUGAAGAAAUGUGCUCAGGAAUAUCUGGCCAGAGUCAAGCAGGAGGAACAGAGAUACCAGACACUCAAAGUCCACGCAGAGGAAAAGCUCGACAAGGCCAACGAGGAGAUUGCUCAGGUGCGCACAAAGGCGAGCUCCGAGAGCUUGGCGCUGACCGCCGGCCUGAGGAAGGAGCAAAUGAAGAACGAGUCUCUGGAACAAGCCCUGCAGCAGAAGAAUCAAGAGAUCGAGGAGCUCACUAAGAUCUGCGACGAGCUCAUCGCCAAAAUGGGAAAAGCGGACUGAGAAGAGCUCCGUGCGGCUCGGCCGCGACUUCCCACCGAUGAGAUGCCGAAAGUCCUCCCCCGUGCCAGCUGGCACCUGAAGCUGCCUCGAUCGACGCAGGUGUCUCCUUCCGCUUCCUGUUCUCAGAUUUUGCUAAUCGGGUCGUCUGUUUUGAUUGCAUUUUGCGGACCCCUGGCGCUUUCGGCCGUCCCCGCCAGUGGACGACGACGACGACGUGCUCGCGGCUCCGCUGAAAUUCCCAGCAGCUUCAACGGCGGAACUGUCAUGCGACUCCUCCGGCAGUGUGACGUCAAAUUGAAGGUCGCUUUUGACUCAUUGUCGGACGUACACGCUCAGAGAAGCCAACGCGAGGGUUGUUUUGUGUUAAGCACCAAUCUGAAUAAUAUAUUCUUCCCACCGACUCGCGGGAGGCAAAAGUGGUCGAAGCUGCACGACAACACGCGAGAGCGGCUUCAAGGCGGUUCGGGAGGACAAUGGCGUCCGAAUGGCUUUCCGCCGCUUCAAAUCUCCCGCAACUUGACUACAGCGUUGCGAUUGCACAUCAUUUGAUCAGAGAAAUCAAAACACAAGAUUAAGACUGACAUCAUGUUUUCCUAUUCGACACCGCAGCCUUGGCCCGACAUGGAACUCCGUAGAGAGAGCGAAAAAUCCCAAUUUGGAUCAGCACCAAAUGUACACCCUCAGAGAUAGCUAGCAAUAUACCUUUUAAUGUUUGUUGUCGGCGGAACGAAGGCAACAAGAUCGAUCGAUCGAUCAAUAUCGCGAGUGAAAAACUGGCCAAAGACCCACAGCGGGGUUUAACAACAAGUUCCGUUGGGACUGAAAAUAAAUGAAUAACGUUGUGGCAAAAAGACUUGUGGCGUGCUGACUGUUUUUGUUGUGGUUACGUUACAUUGGUGAGCAGGCCACUUCUGGGCUAAUGCAAAUUUAGAUAUAUAUAUAUAUAUAUAUAUAUUGUCUGUGACACAUGGCGCAUUUGAGUGGGUUUACCUGCCUCUCGCUUCCGUUUGCUUUACACUUUGUUUACAAGUGCACGCUCACAACCGUAUUCUAUUUGAGCUGUUUUUGAGCUAUCUUGUUGUUUUUUAAAAGCCUUUUGAAUGAAUGUGAGUGCAGAAGAUCUACAAAGAGCACCCAGCCCAGCAUGAACUGAGAGUAUAUUUGUUCAAAUAAAAAUGCAGUUAGCCUUGUAAAUUCAUUCAUAGCACAAACCUCCGAUAUAUGACACACUGCCGCAAUGUCCGAGUCUUGCGUUUGCACAUUGAAGACUUCAAAGAGAAAAAUUAACAAAAAGAUAUCAUUUGUUCUAUUCUGGGAAGCUGUUUUGUGAAGACACAAUUUGAAAUGGUGCAGUUCCUUCAUGCAAGAAUGGUAAUCACGUUUGAUCUAGUGAUCCAAAGUCAAAUUUGUUGUGGGUACAGCAAAAGCAGGGAACUUGACACACACACGACGUAUACAAUUCUGAACCACAUGAAAUGGCGACGACUAUCCGACACGAGACAAUAUCGGUGAUGUGAACAUGAAAGCGUUACAACAAGGAGAGGAACUUUUUUGCAUCCGUAACAAUUGAAUUCACGAUGAGAAAAGGGGCUUCAAAAGGUUUCUCCGUCGCUCUUUGCCGACUGAAACUCAAAGCGUCACCCUCGCAGCUGUUUGUUUGGAUGGCCACCGCGUGUUGUUGUCAGUAUGUUCGAUACGUCACAACUUUGACCUCCACGCCGGUGAUGGAGGGUUGUGUUACCUCCACCCACAACCUCCCUGACGGAAGCUCGAGUUCUUUGGAACAUUAUCCAUCAGAAGAAAACUGUUCAUUAAAGCUUGUUUUGUUAAGUCAAUUAGUGCAGGCUUCUUUCUGGCUGUGCAGCAUAAAUGGAGAUUAGCGAGAUUAGACUCGAAUGCCACGAGUCGCAUUCCGAGGUCUUAACGCGUCCGCCUCUCCAUCACUGCCUCGUCUCAUCCCCGCCGCCAUGAAGGCUCCUCUCGUCCUGCUGCUGCUGCUCGCUCUGGCUGGCCACAUUAGGCUGCAAACAUACACCGGCCACUUCAAUAGGUGUUCUCCCCUGUUCUGUCUGCAAAGGCGACGCCCUCAGAUGCCACACGUGUGCGGCAUCCAGCGAGGACGACUGCAACAAGCAGGGCUCCGCCUCCUGCCCGCAGUACGCCGACGCCUGCGCCACCAUCUCCGGACCCCAUACCGUGCUCAAGUCGUGCACCUACAAGGCUUUCUGCGACAAAGCUCACGGGAGCAACUCUGCGGCCAAGAUGGAGUGUUGCUACGGCGACAACUGCAACGGUCCGUACAGGAGCCACAGUCAAGGAGACCCGCACCGCAACGGCACGCCAGCGCUGUCCCGCGGCCGUGUCGUCCUGCCGCUCGCUGCCGUGCUCCUGCGUCUGUAAACGAUGAUGUUGAUUGUAUUCGCCCAAACCUCCUAUUACACCAUCCGUCCAUUCACCCACCCUGCAGCGGAGAUUUCUUUUUUCUUAACCACCUCUUGAAUGGGUUAGGGUGAGUCGUUGCAUAUCUGUGUUUAGGCAUUGGAAUGGUGUGGAUUUACAAAACGGUGUUAUUUUGAAUGACAGCCUUCCAAAUCUAGUUGUGGUGUUACCGGUUGUUACAUGGUUGUUUGCAUCCACCAACAUGGUGCCCGUGGGCGUCAGGUGGCCCCAAAGACCACAUGAGUACAUAGUACAUGUGAUGGAUCUGGCCUGUUCUAAAAAUAGCUCACCGGUGAAUUCUGUAGAAGUGCUGAUUUGAAAAUGUAAACAAUUGCAGAGAUUUCUAGAAAUAAAGUGUUGCAUAUGGAUAUUUA